AUGGAUGAAAGUGAUCCUAGACUAGCACAUUUCUGGUCUCAACUGCCUUCGAGUCCCACCCAGGUUCCUGCCACGGUUUAUGCGUCUCGCCGCCUUCUUCGAACCGCGAUGACGUGUCUUUUACUGGAUAACUUUUUUAUUAACCACAAAUUCAGCACAUUCGAGGCUUUAUUAAUGGUAAUCUACAAUCUUUCCCACAAUGAGUCUGUCGACCAAGGAUGGGCCUUGCUAGGGAUGGCAUUGAACAUUGGCAUUGCAUUGCGGUGUAAUGUGGAUCAGAACCUAAGCCCUAUCGAGACUGAAAGAAGGCGACGCUGUUGGGCUGGUCUUUUAACAUUACAUACGUAUCAGGGCAUGCUAUUUCGGGACGUUGAUAUGUCGUAUCUUCUUGACAUCAAGUCCUCCCUACCAGCCGAUGUCAAUGAUUCUGAUAUCACGGACGAAGGCAUUCUGCACUCACUCGGUCGCAGUGAGCCUACGCAAAUGGGUCAGGCAGGCACGGCAAACCCCCCAACAGGGAGCACGGAGACUCAGGAGUCUCAGUUUGAAAUUCUUUUCGAUGAGUGGACCGAUAUACGGGAAUGGAUGGAUACGGAUGUGAUCAAUUGGAAUUUGGAUGGAGCUUUCAACGUCUUUGCACCUUGA